AUCCCAGUCAGGCAUUAAAGAUAGGAUAACACAAUAUCAUAAGCCACACGUAAACUAUAUCCACGACAGUGGCCCACAUUAAUAUCCUCUUCCUAGUCUCCACACUUGAAGAACAGCCUUGACUCUUUUAAGUGGAAACUAUAGACUAGACAGGUUCUCAAGUUUUCUCAAAGACAACAAGGCAAUGGCAGUCUCCUUCCUAUCAACUGUCCCUUCCUUGCUUCCACUUGUUCCUGUCCCUCUCAACAUUGCUGCUACCUCUGGCUCCAGAUACCCAACUGUUUCUGUUACAAUUCGUUGUAAUAAAAUUGAAGUUGAUACUGCUAAUGAGGAUAGGUUUCAUAGGAGGGACAUUCUCAAAUGUGUUGGUGCCACCAUUGGCAUGGAAUUGAUAAGAAGCUCAGGAACAUUUGUUGAAGUGGCUGAGGCUGCUGAUCUGAUACAACGCAGACAGCGUUCUGAAUUUCUUUCAAGUAUCAAGGACACCCUUUAUCAAGCUAUAAAGGCAAAUCGAGACAUUAUCCCAUCCUUACUAACUCUGGCACUGAAUGAUGCUAUCACUUAUGAUAAGGCUUCAAAAUCUGGGGGACCAAAUGGAUCUAUCAGAUUCAGCUCAGAGAUAAGCAGACCUGAAAACAAGGGGCUCACUGCUGCUUUGAAUUUCAUAGAAGAAGCAAAGAAGGAAAUUGAUUUGUAUUCCAAGGGUGGACCCAUUUCCUAUGCUGAUCUGAUCCAAUUAGCAGCACAAAGUGCCACAAAGCAAACCUUUCUUGCUGCUGCAAUUCGCAAAUGUGGAGGGAAUGAAGAGAAGGGAAAUUUAUUAUACACUGCAUAUGGUUCAAAUGGUCAGUGGGGCUUGUUUGAAAGGAAUUUUGGACGGAGCGAUACCCAGGAGCCAGACCCAGAGGGAAGGGUUCCCCAGUGGGACAAAGCAAGUGUGCAGGAAUUGAAGGACAAGUUCUCUGCCCUUGGCUUGGGACCCCGCCAGCUAGCUGUUCUGUCUGCAUUCUUGGGUCCUGAUCAGGUAGCCACAGAAACUUUAUUAGCUGCUGAUCCUGAAGUUUUUCCAUGGGUUCAGAAAUAUCAACGUAGCCGAGAAACAGUAUCCGAAACAGAUUAUGAGGUUGAUCUGAUCACUACUUUCACAAAACUGAGUAGUUUGGGACAACAAAUCAAUUAUGAGGCGUAUACUUAUCCAGUCAAAAAAGUAGAUUUCAGCAAACUCAAAUUGUAGAAAGAUCACAAUACUCACUAGAGCAGUUCCAGCUCCAGCUAGUCAACCUUCGAUUCUUGCAACAAUCUUAUAGAGACUGGUUUGUUUGACCCACGGAUAGCUAAAAUGUUAUGAAAUUGGAAAAAAUUAACAAGAAUGAGGUUAAAGAGGUUAUUGUGGUACCUACUGCCAAUGCCCGCAGUUUCAGUACAAUAUUGUAUGUCCCAUAUUUACCAGCAGUUUCAGACCAAUGGCCAUUUUCGACCCCAAAAUAUAACAAUGUGAAUCUUCGAGCCGCUCAGCUUAUUAUUGGUGUUUUAGUUGUCGGGUUAAGGAAACCAUCUCUCUUUUCCAUUUUUGUUUUCCUUUUACUUCUCUCUUUUAAACUGUGUAAUGUCACAUUUUCACAACCAAUGUGGUGUUAGUUGAAGAGAGAGAGAUUCAUAUGAUUGAUGAACAACUGCACUGAA